CACCAACUUCAUGCCUUGGGCAAAUCCAGUGUGUCUCUCUCAAGCAUGGGGGUGCAUACGCAGGGACACUGCAUGCAGCACUGAGGGGAAUCAAUCCUACCGCAAACCAGCUCUUCACAGAUUUUGGGGAUCGAUCUGACAUCAAGGAAUUGAACCUCCUGGUUCUCUGACCACCCAUCCACCAUCAUGGUGCUGCUGAAGAUAAAGUUCCCCUUUGAGAAGAGGGUGCGGCUUGCCCAGGGCCUGUGGCUGCUGUCCUGGCUGGCCACCAUCGGAGCCUCCUUCACCUUCACCCUGGGGUGCUUCCUCAAAACUGAGCUGGCCCGGAGGAGUGAGGUGAUGGACAACACAGAGAUCCAUGCCGUGCCCAACACACUGAUGAUGGUGGGCCUGGUCUGCAUGGGGAUCAACUUCUUCACCGGGCGGAUCUGCCUGGACGCUCUGGAGCCCGGCCGCUUCCCGCGCUGGAAGAGCUUCAUGAAGCCCUUCUUCGGCUUCUCCAUCUUCAUCGCCUUCCUCAUGCUGGUGUCGGUCGUCAUGAGCUACGCCAUGAAGGGCAACCUGGAGCGCUCGCUGAAGGUCGGGCUGAAGAACGGCAUCCGCUUCUACAAGGACACGGACACGCCGGGCCGCUGCUUCCAGAAGCAGACCAUCGACAGGAUGCAGAUGGAGUUCCGCUGCUGCGGCAACACCGACUUCAAGGACUGGUUUGAGGUGCAGUGGAUCAGCAACCGCUACCUGGACUUCGGCUCAAAGGAGGUCAAAGACCGGAUCAAAAGCAACGUGGACGGGCGCUACCUAGUGGACGGGGUGCCCUUCAGCUGCUGCAACCCCAGCUCCCCACGGCCGUGCAUCCAGUACCAGCUCACCAACAACUCCGUCCACUACAACUACGAUUACCAGACCGAGGAGCUCAACAUCUACAUCCGCGGCUGCCGGGAGGCCCUGGUGUACUACUACAUGGGCCUGAUGAACAGCAUUGGGGCGGGAGUCCUGUCCAUCUUUCUGGUCCAGACGUCAGUGCUGGUGAGCCUGCGGUACCUGCAGACGUCCAUGGAUGCCGUGGACGGGCAGGAGAACCAAGAAAUGGAGACUGAGGGGUACCUACUGGAGAAAGGGGUGAAGGAGACCAUAAAGGAGUACAUGGACCCCGUGCUCAAGGUGCUCAUGAUCAACCAGGUGGAUGCAGCAGCAACCGGGGAGAAAAAAGCAGAGGAGGGGGAGAAGCCCGGCACAUCGGCAGGCGGUGCUGAAAAACAGAAAUAAACGGUGUAAAGGUGAACUAGGCGGAAUGCAAGCACAAGGCCUGGUUAAAUGCACCCUGGUCGUCCCCAUUCUGGCACAAGGCGCAAUAUUUGUGUCACAUCAUGUUAACCACACAUCUGCUUGCGCUCACGUAACGAAAUGCUCACAUUCACCUUGACCUCGUAUCCACAUAAAUGUCCAUGAACUGAAAAAGUGAAGAAAAUCUGUCCUUGUUUGCCCUGAGCUAUUUUCCCUUUACCCACCCGCACCGGCUUUCUGGAAACUCAGAGGCCAAAUUCAGAGUCGUUGCUAUUGCAGUAGUAGUCUCUGCGUCUCGUAUUAGUGAUCUGUUCUCAUUGAGUUGGCAUUAUCUCUGUUUAUUCUGCGGGGCUGCAAUGCAGCAUUCUCCCCAGCAGUCCUGAUUGAAGAUAUUUUAUAGUCUGGAUCAUUUUCAUAGCCUGUGGGAAGCUAGAGGCAAUUCUGUAAUAUGUGCGAGGUUGCAGCUCCAGAAGUCAGAGAAAUUCAGAACCUUUGAACAAGGCGGACAGAAGCCCAGAGGUGUGUGCACCUGCCUACCCUCUGUAAGGAGAAUUUGGGGUUUUGAUGCAGCACAAAGAUCUUAAUGCAACAGUUUCUAUUUAAAAGAUUGUUAACUUGAUGCAAGAACGUGUAAGAUUGUGUUUCCAAUCCAAAGUGUUUUCCCCACCAAAUAAAACUUAAUGGACCUCCCUUUAUUCUUCUAAUCUGAGAUUUCCUUUUCAUUUUGAAUAUACUUUCAGUUUUUACAGUUUAUCUGACAAAAUGAUAUGCACUUGUUAUCAAAUGUGAAAAAAAUAUUACGCAAUAAUAUUGUAUAUUCAGUCUUUAAAAAUCUCUAAAUGUUGUUGCUGGUUGAAUGAUGAAAGUACUGCUGUGUAACUCUUUUCAAAAGGAACAAAGCAAAAAAACAAAACAAAAAAAAACAACAAAAAAAAACAGCCACAGAGGAACCUAUUAAAGUCUGUUUUGUAGAAUCUUG